GUUUUGGCGGAAUUGACCAAUCACACUGAUUUGUCAUGUACUUGAAUGUAUACUUGCGUUUGCAUAAUCUUGUGCUUAAUGUAAAACAGGCUUUAUACAUUUUCGAUGUGUACAAAUUUUUGGUCAAUAAUUUCUGGUGUCGGGAAGUUUUUCUGAGGUUAAGUUCUCAGGAAUAGUGUCAGUUUUAAAGGGUUUUUACGUUAAACUCUUAUAUUAUUUUAAAAGCAAUAUAUGGGAAAUAUAAUAAAAGAUAUAUAUAUAUAUAUAAGUGAAUUAUAUAUUUAACAAAAAUAAUACAUCCCAAUAUUUAUAUCGCGAACACGAACAAAAUAAAAACAAUGCCUGAAAUAAUCGAAUUACGUCCCAAUAAACAUUUGAUGAAUUCCUCUUUUGAAAAGUAUCAAUUUUCCAACGAUAUUGUUUCUAUCAUUUCUGAAAUCAAGCUAAGAAAUCAUGUAUAUAGAUUAGAGCCGAAUCAAAAUCAAGAAUCUUGGCUUGAAGCUAGACUUUUUGCAUUUCAUAAUCAUUUAUUUAAAAAUCCUUAUGACACAUCAUGUUGGUUUAUUGAUGAGAAGCUGACUGUUUGGUGUUUGGAUAAAGAUGGUUCAUUAAGUGAAAUGCAUAAACUAAACACAACAGAUGCUGACUUGUUAAAAAUAUACAACCCAUCAAUUGCAUUUACUUCCAAUAAUAUUAUGGCUAUUUUUGAUGGUGGUAAAACAUUGGACCUUCUAACAAUGGAUACCAAGCACAAUAUGAAGGUCUUCACACUGAAUUCUAUAGAACCUGGAGUUAUUAUGAAUGUGCAAUAUGUAGAAGAAAAUUCAAAAGUUAUUAUAACCAUGUGUAGUAUUGUUGCAGAUAAUGACCAAAAGAAAUAUACACAGCUUGCGGUGCUGUCUUAUGCUUUGCAAUAUUCAGAAAAUGAAAUAACAGAAAUUUCUUUUAUAGACAAACAGAUAUCAAAAGUAUGUGGCACUGUAGAUUAUGUUUGUGUGGAAGAAAAUGGUAACUAUUUGCAUGCUAUUUGUCAAGAUAACAUCGAUUUUGAAAAGAAAAAUUCACAAGAUUUCAAAGUGGAACAACCGAGUUUUGAUACUCAAAUAAAGAUUCCAAAAUAUUAUUGGUCUCAAGAUGAAGAUACGCUAACUGUUUGGGUUAAAGUACCGAAACAACACAGCAAUAAACAACCUAAAAUAAAUGUCAAGCCUUUAGAACUGUCUGUUGUGAUAGAUAAUGAAGUAUUGAUUCAAGGAGAAUGUCAGCAUAGAUUGGAGGAAAACAUGGCAACCUGGAGGCAGAAAGAGGAUACAUUACAAAUUGAUCUGAGUAAAUAUGAAAAUGGUUUAAUGUGGAGUGAAUUGAUCAAGAAUGAUACGGGAGGUGAAUGUUUACCCAAUGAAACUCUUGCUGCAGAAAUUCAUGAAAGACUAGCACACUUGUGUUCGAAUCAGCAAAACGAUGUCAGAGAAGGUCAACCUUGUGUGGGAUUCAAUGCUGAACAAUUAGAAGAAUGCGAUCUUGAGGGAAAAGACAACUUUUUACAAAGAAUUGAUCUUCUGAAACAAACAACCACACAUCUAGCUAGAUUGGGAAGCAAUAAUCACAUGUUGUUCACGUAUAAAAGAAAACGUGGACAAGCAGUAUGUCUGAGACAUGAUCACGAUGCUUGUGUUUGGGCAAUAGAUACUGUGGAUGAUGAAAAUCAAUGGGACGUAAGACAUGCUUACAGCUUUCCCGGAUUCGGCUACGUCGAAGCGAGCAAAACCAAUAAAAAGUUUUGCGUUUCUCCGUCUGAUGGUUCGUACAUAGCUAUAGUGGAACAUACAAGGCAUAUAUUUCUUUAUGAUAAACCUGAUGUCGGAGAACAGAUUGCAAAACAAAGGAUUGUAGACUUGAAUUGUGAAACUGCCAUUAUGGGAGUCGUUGCUACGAAUAAAUAUUUAAUUAUAAUUACCAAAGAUAAAUUAUAUCGUUUGCAAAUCAACACAUGAUGAUUUUACUGCUUGUAAUUAUUGUCCAAUAAACUCUUCGCAAACUUUUUA